CCGUCCUCCCGCGGCCCUGGCUCCGGCCAUGAAGCGCAUCUUCUCCUGCUCCAGCUCGCAAGUGGCGGUGGAGAGAUGGAACCGCCGUGAUCAGAAACUGCUGGAGGCUGUGCAGCGGGGGGACGUGGGGCGCGUGGCCGCCCUGGCCUCCAGGAAGUCUGCCCGACCCACUAAGCUAGACUCCAGCGGCCAGUCCCCCUUCCAUCUGGCAGCCUCUAAGGGGCUGACUGAGUGUCUGACCGUAUUACUCGCAAAUGGGGCGGACAUCAACAGCAGAAACGAGGAUGGAAGCACCGCCCUGCACCUGGCCACCAUCUCCUGCCAACCACAGUGUGUAAAGGUCUUGCUUCAGCAUGGUGCUAAUGAAGAUGCGGUGGAUAUGGAGAACCGCAGUCCACUGCACUGGGCAGCCUCCUCUGGCUGUGCCUCGAGUGUCCUCCUGUUGUGUGACCACGAAGCCUUCUUGGAUGUAUUGGAUAAUGAUGGCCGCACACCUCUGAUGAUCGCAUCGCUGGGAGGCCAUGCAGCGAUCUGCUCCCAGCUGCUGCAGAGGGGCGCGCGAGUCAACGUCACGGACAAAGAUGACAAGUCAGCUCUGAUCCUGGCCUGUGAGAAAGGCAGUGCGGAGGUGGCAGAACUUCUCCUGAGCCAUGGAGCAGAUGCAGGGGCGGUGGACAGCCUGGGCCACAAUGCUCUGUAUUACGCUCUGCAAACACAAGACAAGGCCUUGUGCGGGCUGUUGAGGCAGGCCUUGAACCGGCGGCGGCGAGGAGGUCAGAAGCUGGUUCAACAUCCAGAUCUUGCAUCCCAGGCCUCUCCAUCUGAGCUCCAGAUGGGUUUUCCACCCACCAGCCCAUGGAAAGCAGAGCCUGAGAAGGAGCAGGAGGAAGAGGAGGAGGAAGACCAGUGCUCAGCAGAGUGGCGGCUAAAAUAUGAAGAGGAGCAGAAGAAAGUGUCUCAGUUGGAGCGGGAGUUGGUACUAAAGACAGAAGAGUGUAAGGCUCAAGCUACAGCUUACUUGGGCCUGGAAAACCAGAUUCGAGAGCAGGUACAGGAGCUAGGGCGACUUCUAGUCCAAGAGCCUGGAGCUCCAGGAGAGCAGGGCUCUAGUUUCCGGCCUGGAGGUGACGGUAUGGAGCAGGGCUGUCCUCUGGAUCUGCUGGUGGAACAUAUACUAGAGCUGAAGAGGCAGCAGCAGAGGACUACAGGGAAGUCAUCGUUAGGUCCUAAGCUGGAGGAGCCUGGCUCAGCAGACAUCCAGCGAGGAGUCCAUGGAACGUCCAGGGAGGAAGAGGGGCCAUCCCAAAUCCCAAGGAAGGACACAGGACAGCCACUGACCAGCCAUGGGAGGCAGACCCUUGGCCCUGAUCACAAGGACCAGCUCUGUGCUUCCCAGCAGGAGAGGCCGCAGGCCCUGGGGGUGGAACCAGCAGGCCCGGUGGAAAAAGUAGCAGCAGGCACAGCCGCCAUGAACCAGCUACUGCUACAGCUCAGAGAGGAGCUGGCUGCAGUGUGGAGAGACAAGGACACGGCCAGAGGGGCUCUCUCCAGACCCAUCCUGGAGGGCGCCCUGGGGACGCCCCGGGCUGAGGCUGCAGCCGCCGCCUGGGAGAAGAUGGAGGCCCGUUUAGAGCGCGUGCUGGUGAGGCUGGAUCAAGCCAAGGCGGGGCUGCAGGGGAAAACGGAGAUCGCGGGCCAGGGACAGGCUCACCCAGAGAGCCAGGAAACCCCUAAAGAGAAGCCAAGGGUUCCUUGGGCCCGGGGAGAGCCUCAGGGGGCUCCAGGAAAAGAACAGAGCCCCGGAGGGGCGAAGGGACUGCUGGAGAAGGAGGUGUCGGCGCUGAGGAGGAGCAACAGCCACCUGCUGGAGGAGUUGGGGGAGCUGGGUCGCGAGCGGCAGCGGCUGCAGGGGGAGCUGCAGGCGCUGGGCCUGAGGCUCCAGAGGGAGUUCGUGCCCCGGCCCGAGGCGCAGGUCCAGCUGCAGCAGCUGCGGCGCAGCGUGGGGCUGCUGGCCGACGAGCUGGCCGCGGAGAAGGAGGCCGCGGAGAAGCUGCGCCAGCGCCUGGCCUCGCACAGCGGCGGCGUCCGCGCGCUGUGGGACUGCCUGCCCGCCGACCUGGCGGGCCGCCGGGGGGGAGCCGAACCCCUGGAGGAGCUCCAGGGGUGCGUCCGCGCCCUGGUGGACCGGCUCCGCCAGGCCCAGGGGGCGGUGGCCCGGCUGGAGGAGGAGAACCAGCGGCUGCGGGGCUCGACGUCCCCGCGCGGGGAUCCGGCCGCGUCCCCACAGGUGGCCGCCCUGGAGCGGGACCUGGGGGCGCUGGAGGCGGAGCUGCGCGCCGUGCAGGCCACCAUGGGCGCCAAGAGCCAGGAGAUGGCGAAGCUGAAACAGCUGCUCUACCAGGCCACGGAGGAGGUGGCGGAGCUGCGGGCGCGCGAGGCGGCCAGCCUGCGGCGGCACGAGCAGGCGCGGGAGGCGCCGGCGGCGCAGGCGCAGGCGCGGGGCCCCGAGCUGCACGCGGCGCCGGAGCCGCACCGCGCGGCGGGCGCGGAGCUGCGGCGGCGGCGGCGGGACGCAGCGGCGGUGGCCGAGCGGGGUCGCGCCGAAGCCCUGGAGAGGCGCCUGGACGACCGGACCGAGCGCCUCGCCGCCGCCGCCCGGGACAAGGAGGCCAAGAUCAAGGAAUUGUUGAAGAAGCUGGAGCAGCUUUCCGAGGAGGUCCUAGCAGUCCGGGGAGAAAAUGCUCGCCUUACCCUUCAGCUGCAGGAUUCCCAGAAAAACCACGAGGAGAUCAUCUCCACUUACAGGAAUCACCUGCUGAAUGCGGCCCAGGGCUACAUGGAACAGAAUGUGUACAAUAUCCUACUUCGGAUCCUCAGUGUGCAGGAGCAGUGAUGGCCUCCUGGGCCCCUUCAGACCAUGUGACAGUUCUGUGCUGCAAUCAGAGCGCCCCUGGCUGACACACGCUCCUCAAGCUGUGGCGAGUGGGGAUUGUGGACAUUUGGUGGGGGCUGGGGGUGGUGGUUACACUUGAUCCAUGGACCCCAGACCUGAUGGUCUGUAUUCUACAUCCAUUCGGAUGGAACCAGAGGUGUGGAUGAAAAGCA